UUUUUGCCGCGAAUUCGAAUGAAACAAUAAAUAUUCAAUAUAUGUGUAUUUAUUAAAAACAUUGAGGAUAAUUUAUUAAAAAUGCUUUCAAAGGAGUAUCUAGAUAGCUGGAAUGAACUUUGUGCCGAAUGCAAAAUGGUUGAAUCCGAUUUGGCUAACCCUUCGGAAGCCUGGCUCACCAAAAUCCUUAUGAGCUACUUAAGAAUGUUUGGAUACAGAGUGGAAGUACCUUGCUCAGAAGAUGGUACUCGUGAGAGACGACAAUUCUUAAUUAAACUAGUUCGACACAUUGAUCACAUAUAUAAAAUUAGUGACAAAUCAUUCAUGUUCACAUAUUACGAUCUAUUGAGGCCAACUCCUAAGAAGACAUCGCAUAUGUUGGGUAUUCUGCUAAAUUACUUGUACUAUAUGAAUAUGUUUAAAACAAAUGUCUUCAAAAUGGCAACAGAUAAACUGAAAGAGCGUCAAGAAUUGAUUGAUGAAAUCAAGUAUACAAUUGAGGAAAAUGAAAAGAGGCGUAGUAAAGCAGAAAAGAUGCAAGAAGAGAUAGUUUUUCUUUCCAAAGAAAUUCCGCAAUAUAAAAAUAAGUUAAAAACAGUAAAUUCUGAAUUGAAACAACGGAAUAGUCAGACACAACAGAUGUCCGAUGCUAUAAAAGAUUUGAGGACGAAAACAGAGGAACUCAAGGGACAAAUACGUAAUCUAAAACAUCUUAUUGUGCCCGAAGAAGAAGGAAAACAAUUACAAAUCCAAUUAAGCAAGCUUCAGGAAAAUAUUUCAGAAUGCGACCAACAAAUCCGAAAUGCUGAAAGCAAUUUGAAAACACACAUUGUGGAUAACAACAGACUGCAGGAAAUUUCAAAAGUUGUCGAAUGUGCCAAGGAAAUCUUAUCAACAGAUUUUGUUGAUAGUUUUAAUGAAGCGGCUAAAAAAUUGGAUAAUGCUAAAGAAAAGAUUGCUUGUUACGAGAAAGAAAUAGAACAACUAACACAAUUAAUUAAUCGUCAUCAAAAAGCUUUAGAAUGCUGGCAGGAAAAGAGUAAACUCGACCAACGGCAACAUGACGAUGAAAAACAGAAACUUCACCAGAUCAUAAUUAGCAAGACUAAGGAACGUGAUGUUUCCGCUGCCAAAACUGAUAAUUUCAAAGUCGAAGUUCUUGCCGUCGAAGCUUCUAUAAAAGAUCAACAAGAUAUUCAGUCAUACGUCCAGGAAAAUAUUGCUAUAUUGAUGAAAGGUUAUAAAUAAAAAAUAUUUCUUUUUCAGUUGUUGAUCAGUUGAGCCUGAUAGGAACUACACUUUUGUUAAUUAAAUUUAUUCCUUUUUUCUGCAUAAAUUUAAAUUUCCUUAUAAUUAGCUACUCUAAGCUGGAACUAAAGUCAAAUAUUCUAAUUGGCAAAUAUAAUAACAAUAUUUUAAGAUUUA